AUGACGACAGACGGAGAAAAUACCGAAGCAGACAAUCAGCCGUCUACAAGCAAGAAUGAAAACCAAAGGGCAGAGUCGACACAGGAACUUUAUAACGAUCGACGAAAGUAUGAUGAGAAGCGAGACGAUCGCGGUUCUAACAGCGAGUCGUUUACGUCGGGUUCUUAUUCUGCAAGAAGUAAGGUGGAUAUAGUGGAAGCAAGACCUGAGGUAGCAAAGCCAAUGCUUGCCAAGCGGGAAGCUAAAGGUCCAGAGAAAAAGAAACGUGCCCGUAGACCCGGUCGAGUGGACAAGCGGCGAACAAGACGCCAGGACAUAAGGAGACCUUCAAAACGCAAACCACGAAUGUUGCGAGACGUUUCGGUAUCAACUAUCUUUACCAGACUAUCGUCACAGAGUGGGUCCAGACACUCCGGCUGCAAGUUUUGUGGUCACCGAUGCUGUCGCAGAAGAUUCAAGUACGAGUUGCGAAGAGCUGAAAUAAGAUUUAGGAAAAAGAAAAUCAGAAGAAACAAUAGGAAAAUUUUACCGAAAUUGGGUGGCAUUAGAACAAAUAAAGGAACCAAGGAGGUUCAAGCAGGGUCUCGCUGCCAUAUGCUGUCACCUUUAUUUGUAAAAACAAAUGCUGUCCCAAAUGAACUGCCAGAGAUGCCUUGUUUGCACUGUGAGAGGCAUUACCCUGUCAGUAGAAAUGAAGAUGAUUUGCAAAUGGAAUUGACUGAGAAGUUGAGAAUCGCUGCAAUAGUCGGUAUUGUCACCAGUGUAGGAGACGACCAUUGGUGUCUGAACAGCGCUUUACAGAAGAACAGAUCGCUUAGCAAGUCGCAUGUGACUAAGUUUUGGCAAAUAUACACGGAUACUAUGAGCCCGGUCAGGAGACGUGAGAAUCCACGGAAUGUCAGUAUAAAAUCAUUUUAAUAUCACAUUUAUUGUUGACUAGGGAUUCCCAAAGUGGUUGAUAUCAUAUCUUCAGGAUCGGAAUCAGUUGCCUAGAAGUUGACAUAAACGAAAACUGAUUUUUGAUUUUUAUUAGUUUAGUUUUGAAAACGCCCAAAGUAGUUUGGCUAAAUACUACGAGAGCUGCGCAAACAAACAUCCAUCAUAUAUCAGAUCAUGAAUUGA